AUGGCCUUCACGUCUACUCGACUGCCAACAGCUCCAAAUCAGGAAGAUUUAGAUAAGCGAGAUGCAUAUCUCCAUAGUCUGAAAGUUGCUUUCACCCUCCUAUCCCUUAUUACGGCAAUAAUUUUGGGCGUGGGAAUUUAUGUGGCGGUUGAUCCAGGCCAGAACAAUUAUGGGUUAAUGGUAUUGGGUUAUGUUCUCAUCGCAUUGGCCAUCGCCUGCCUCAUCGCGUCUGUACUAACAGGAGAUCGACUAUUUCGUCUAAUUCGUGCGAUUUCAGAGACGAAGGACUACCGACCUAAAGCUGCCGAAGCUCUUCGACAAAAACCGUACCCACGGCAGCCCAGUGACUCUGUCAGACGCCGACGUGCUCCAGCACACAGAACGACUCACACAACCCUUACACAAUCAGAAACAAACAGUCAAGAGCCAAGACGUGGUGCUGGUGCUGAUGGAGUGGGAGCAGUGUCCGAACGCGUUGCAGAACCACUUCCGGCUCCAAGCGCUCCUCCAGCUAAUGUCAGCGUUGAUAUAACUAACAGCAUGAAUGGUGAGGAGGAAGAGUGUGGAAAGGUGAUACCACCAGCCGCGGAUUUGGAAAGACCUCCACCAUUCGCACCACCACCUGGACUAUCACCGCCGCCAUACACAGAAGACUAA